AUGCAAGAUUGGAUGAAUGAAAAGAUAUCACUCAUAACAAGUAUACAUGAUAAUAUAGUAGGAGGUGAAGCAGUAUUAAAAUCACCAUUUUCAAAGAAUCGUUAUGUUCCAAUUACUUAUUGUGAUUAUAUUGCAUCUGGUAAACCAUUGAAAUUUAUUGAAGAUUAUUUAUUUGAACAAGUAUUACCUACCUAUGCUAAUACACAUACUACUACUUCAUUCACUGGUUAUCAAACUACUCAUUUUAGAGAAGAUGCUAGACAAAUCAUUGCACAAUCUGUUAAUGCUAAAUUAGUUAAUUCUAAUCAAUCUAAUCAUUCAAAUCAAUCAAAUGAAUGUAAUAAUGUAUCAUCAUUACCAUCAUCAUUUGAAUCAUCAACAUGUUCACUUUGUAAAUUUUCCAAAUUACCAAGUGAAAGACAAGUAACAGAUGAAGAUUGUGAUGUUGUUCUAUUUGAAGGUAGUGGUAGUACAAGUGCUAUUAAUACACUAGUUCAUUGUUUAGGUGUUAGAGAGAGAGUAUUAUUAGCAUUAUCUACAAAUAAUGAAAAUGAAAUUCCAAUUGUUUUCAUUUCAUGUGCUGAACAUCAUUCUAAUAUUUUACCAUGGAGAGAAAGUGGUGCAAUUGUUAUUCAAAUAAGUGAAGAUAGAUAUGGUAAUAUUAAUUUAAAACAUUUAGAACAAUGUUUAAUUAAAUAUUCUUCUAAUAAUAAUAAUUUUAAUAAUUUAAAUAAUAAUUCUAAUAAUAAUAAUUUAAAUAAUAAUAAUAUAAAAAAUAAGAGAUUAUUAAUUGGAUCAUUUACAGCAGCAUCUAAUGUAACAGGUGUAAUUUCAGAUUGUGAUUCAAUAUGUAAAUUGUGUCAUUUAAAUGGAGCAUUAUGUUUUUUUGAUUAUGCAGCAAGUGCACCCUAUGUUUCAAUUAAUGUAAAUCCAUCCAAUGAUCCAAUCUAUCAUAAGGAUGCUAUAUUUAUUUCACCUCAUAAAUUUGUAGGUGGACCAAGUACACCUGGUGUUUUAAUUGCAAAGAGAAAAUUAUUUAAAAAUGCAGUUCCAACACGACCAGGUGGUGGUACUGUUUAUUUUGUUGAUGAUAGAAAUCAUUCAUAUACAACUUCAAUUGAAGAGAGAGAAGAAGGAGGUACACCUGAUAUUAUUGGAUCUAUUAGAUGUGCAUUAGUAUUUAAAUUAAAAGAUACUGUUGGUCCUUCUUUAAUUUCUAAAUUAGAAGAUGCUUAUAGAGAUAGAGCAUUUGAAACAUGGUCAAAUAAUUUAAAUUUAAUCAUUUUAGGACCAGGUAGAGAAUCAAUUGAAAAGGGUGGUGUUAAAAAAUUAGCAUUCUUUUCAUUUCUAGUUAAACAUGGUAAUAGUUUUUUACAUCAUUCAUUUGUUUCAUUAUUAUUAAAUGAUUUAUUUGGUGUACAAACUAGAGGUGGAUGUUCAUGUGCUGGUCCACUUGGUAUGGAAAUACUUGGUAUUACACAUGAAAAGGCAAUUGAAUUAGAAACUGCUUUAAUGGAAUCUUAUGAAACACCAAUUUCAUUAACACAUUUAAAACCUGGUUGGACAAGAUUGAAUUUAAAUUAUUUUUUUGAUGAUGAAACUGUUGAUUUUGUUGUAAAGGCAGUUGAUUUUGUUGCAACACAUGGUUGGAAAUUCUUACCCUAUUAUAUUUUUAAUGAAAAGAGUAAUGAAUGGAUGCAUAGAACAUUUGAUAUCAAUUCAACUGAUAAUUUAUCAUCAAUUCAUGAAGAUUUUACAAACUUUUUACAACAACAUCGUAAAAAAUUAACAGAUGUUACUUUUGAAAAUGGUAAAUUACAAUUUUUAGAUCAUUCAAGUGAAUUACAUGAUAUGGAACCUAAUACUAUUCAUAAUUAUUCAGAUAUAUUGGAGGAUGCUGAAAGAUUAUUAACACAAUCUAUUGAAUUAUUUACACAAGAAAGAGCACCUUUCCAAUUAUCAUAUGAACAUGAAAUUUAUAGAUUAUUUGGUGAUGAAAAGUUUAAAUUUGCAAAGAAAUAUGGUCAUUUGAGAUGGUAUUUAUUACCUUCUCAAGUUUUGGCUGAAAUUAGAAAUGAAAAUAUUUUAAAUACUACUACUACCAUUUCAACAAUUACCAUUUCAACAAAUACUUUUAAUAAUUCAAAUGAAUUAAGAGAAGAAACAAAUUAUCUUGUUAAACCUAAGGUAUAUCCAACUAGUCAAGAAUAUGUUGAUGAAAAAUUAAUGAAUCAAUGUACCUAUUCAAGUGGACAACAACAUUCCAAUAAUACAAAUUCUGCACAAUUUAAAUGUCCAUUUAUGAGUUGUAAAUGGUGGAUAUUAUCAGGUGCUGUUAUUGGUUCUGUUACUGCUUUAUCUUUAUAUUUAAAUAGGAAAUAAAACUUUAUUCGAACC